UCUAAUUGUUUAACAUGUGGUUUUUACAGAUGAGAUACAUUCAUCCCACACUUGACAUGUACAUGCAGGAUUAGGAUAUAAGUGCAAUUACUUCAUAGAAAACAGACAGCUUGCCAAAUCAAGUUGGUAAUAUUUGUACAAGAGAACAAAAUGUCUAAUCCCUUUGGUUCACCAUUUGGCGGGCAGCAGAAUACUCCAGUAUUUGGUAGUACUUCAGGUAAUGUGUUUGGACAGAGCCAGGCCACAACAACCAGCACACAGGUAACAUCCCCACCAUCUUAUGCUAGCACAUUUGGUCAGAGCCCAGUAUUUGGACAAAGUACAGGAUUUGGACAGAGCUCGGGAUUUGGACAGAGUUCAACAUCUGGGGCAAGUUCGGGGCCUCCACCUUCCUAUGCAAGCUCAGUGUUUGGACAAAGUUCUGCUACUGGACAGAGCUCCAUGUUUGGACAAAGUAUAUCACAGGUACAAAGCUCUACACAGAGUGGAGGACAAAGUUCAUUAUUUAGUAGGCAAGGCACAGCUAGUUCUGGGGCUAAUCAGAAUGUUAGCUUUGGAAGCACCACAUUUGGAGGAACUGGCCAGUUUUCAAGCAGUACACAAAAUCCUACUUUAUUUGGUUAUUCUGGAGUUUCAGAUGUUUCACAGUCAACAGCAGCUUCAUUUAGACUACCUACACCUGCAGGUGGAUUAUUUUCUUCAAGUAGUUCAUCUUCAGACAGUACUGUAGAAGUAAAGAAAGAACCAUCUUCUAACCCUCUGUUUGGUGGACCAUCAAAUGUGAAAACAGAGCCUUCACAAAGCUUUCAAAACACAGCUGGUAUGUUUGGAAAAACAUCUGCUGGUAAUUUUGCUUCACCAAAUUUAUUUAGCAGAUCAAGUGCUCCAUCUAGUGGCAGUUCAACAAGUACUGGGUUGUUUGGAAAGCCAGAAACAGGAAAUAUUGGAUCUGUAUUUGCUGAGAGAAUAGAUGUUAAACCUCCACCAUACGGCACAGAGUUUCUACAGAAAAGUUCGUCUGAGAUCAGGGAUGUUAAACCUGUAGGAUUGUUUGGUAAAGUAAAACAAGAAGAGACUGGUACUAAAUCUUCAGUAUUGUUUGGUGGGAAUAAAAUCAAAGAAGAGAACCAGUCAAAAGAAGAAAGAGGUCAUAGUUCACACCUGUUUGGUAAAGGAAAAUCAGAAGGUGGGGAAGAAGAGGAAAACAAAGGUCUUUUUGGAAAAAGAAUGACAGAAAAUAGUAGUGCUACUGCUAGAGGCACAGGACUGUUUGGAAAGGGGAAAGCACUCAGUCAAACACUAUUUAACAAUCCAUUGAAAAAAGAAGGAAGACUCUCCAGAUCGACUCAAGGUGAUGAAGAUGAAAACCCAUUACAGGAACAGACAGAUGAUGAUUACAAUAAGACAUCUGCCAGGAGUUUGUUUGGUAAACCUGCCCCUAAAGCUGGGAGUUCAGGUACAGGAUUGUUUGGUAAACCAGCUAGAACCAGAGAACCAUCUACCUCAGAAGAGAAGGAGGAGUCGUCUCGACAUUCGUUACGUCGUCAGAUAUCAGACGAGGUGAGCAGUAAGGUGGCGAUUGUUUGUCGUAAUAUACCACAUAAAUACAACACUAUCGCAAACCUGAGGGCACAUUUUAAACGAUUCGGAGAAGUAACAAAAGUGUUUCCCAACCAGGGAAAGAUGCAGGCCACAAUACACUUCAGAACUCAUGAUGCUGCAGCAGAGGCAAAACGUAGGGGACGUUUAUUAGCUCGAGGUGUGUUGCCUAUGACGAUAUUCUGGAGUACAUAUUCUGGAGGGUCGGCUCCCAGGGCAACAAAAAGUUCAACUGAUGCAGAUGUUAAACCAAGUAGACCUGUUAAAAGAACCAGUGACACUGACUUAUUGCCAAAGUCCAAGAAGCCAUCAUGGAAGGGAGGUGAAACUGUGAACGAAGAGCUAGAGAGUAUGUCAGGAACACAAGAUAUCAAGGGUAGAGUGAAGGAACUAGCAAGAUCCCCGGAGAAACGGUCACGUAGUGUCAGUCCAACACCAACAACAUCAACGUCCGCGCAUGAUAUAAAAGCUGACAAAAUUGUGGUAAGCAUGUUUGAGGGUUGUGUUGCAAGAACUACAACAGAACGUGUGAAUCUGCUGAGAUUAAGAGAUAAAUAUAUCAGAGAAAAUCGUGUUAAGGGAAAGAAAGAUAUAGUAAAAGCGUUUAUUGGCACAUGUCCAGAUAUGUGUCCGGAGAAAGAACGUUACGAUCGUGAAGAUAAACGACAGCUGAGUUAUUAUGAGAUUAUACCAGGAACAGAGAAUAUCCCUGGUAAGAAUCCACAGAUAGAUCACAGUAGAGCAGUGAAGGAAUAUCUUAGAUCAUCACCAGAUCAGGAUGAACCUCUACCUCAUGAGUUACGUCCCAUACCUGUAUUACAAUCUACAAUGACCUACUUGUUACGUGAAGUUGUAGACAGAGGGGAAGAUGGUCGUUGGGGAGACUGGUUCGAUUUUCUCUGGAACAGAACUAGAGGCAUCAGAAAGGAUAUAAUCCAGCAACAGUUAAAUGAUCGUGAUGCUGUAGAUCUGAUAGAGAAAUGUGUCAGGUUUCACGUUUAUUGUUCGGAGAGGUUGUGUGAGGAAGAUAUGCAUUCCUUCGAUGCUAAAAUCAACAACGAGAACCUGACCAAGUGUUUACAGACUUUGAAAGAAUUUUACCCGGAUUUGGAGAAGAAGCAAAAAUGUUUUUGUGAGAACGAGGCGGAGUUCCGAGCCUACAUGGUCCUCAUGAAUCUUAAUCAAGGAGAUACUCUCAGAGAAGUUCAGCAACUAAGACCUGAGAUUCGGACAUCACCUGCCAUCAAGUUUGCACUACAGUCUUACUUUGCCCUCAAUGGUAACAAUUAUAUCAAGUUCUUCCGGCUAGUAAAGCAAGCAUCGUUCAGUAAUGCAUGUAUUAUGCAUCGAUAUUUCACACAAGUGAGGAGUCGAGCUCUUACGUUAAUGAUGAGAGGUUACAGUAUGGGCAACAGAGCAGCACAGAUACCAGUGACAGAACUUGUAAGGUUGUUGGGUUUUGAGAGUGACAAUGAAGCUUCAGAUUUCUGUCAACAUUACGGUCUGAACGUUAGUGACAGUGAGGUGAUUCUAGACAGAGCCGAGUAUAUAGAGCCGGACACGGCAUUAUUACCUGUCAGAAGUGUGAAUCUCAUAGAAUCCAAGUUAAUGGUGACAGUUGGGGAGUUUAUAAAUGGUCGUGCAUUUCAAGACACACAGCGAAUGGAGCCAGUAUCAAGUUUUGAUGAGAAUGGUAGAUUCCACAGUCAAAUUGAGCUUCCUAAAAAAGGUUUUGAACCAGCGGGUGGUAGCCAGACAAGUAGGGAACCUAAACCAUCCAGCAGUUCUGAGUCUGCUAGCACCAAACAGCAUGCGGAGGUAAAAGUUGAACCAGGACAGCAACAACAAGUGCCAGAUAGUGGUCCUCCUGUAGAACCUGAUAAACCUUUGUUGAAGAAAGUAUCCGUUGAGUUAAUCAAGGACUCAGCUAAAGUGUUGUUCUGGGAAGUGAUAGAUGAACUAUGUACUGGUAUCGGACAGGAAGUGAAGCUAGAGGUAGACACCAAACUUCAGUUCUCCGUAGAUUGUCUAGAAUCAAUUGUUGGAACAACACUAAAGGAAGAUAUGAGGACAAUAUGUGAGGAAACAUUUGACGAGGCUCAGGAAGCUAAACGUAAAGCGUUACAGUUAGAGAAGGAGUUAAGACAAAAUAGAGUAGCGGAACAGAUCACUGAUGACAUGGUUAGUGAUCUCGUCCAUCAGGAGGCAUUAAACCUGGCUACCAUUGAAAUGAGAGAGGUGAAAGCUGAGUUAAAGAGACAGUGUAUAGAGAGAGUUACUGUAGAUGUCAAUAAAGAUAUUGUUGAAGAAGUAAUGAAGGAAAUGGUUAUUGAUGUAUCAGAGGAAGUGUAUGAUAUAGAUGUUAUACAAAGGCUCAAACAACUUGAUGACUUUGAGAAGUUAGUCAAACUGAGCAGGGCUGGCAGAUUUUGGCAUAAAUGGAAGAAAGAAUAUAAGGCAGUGACUAAGUUAAAGCGUGCGAUGGAGGAAUUCCCGUGUGCACCAAACAUGCAGAGUAAUCAGGAACAGCUGAAACAACUGCUCUGUGUUGAAGAUGAGAGAAUUAUUGAUAAGAAAUUCUAUGUGAAUAAGAGAGCUAAGUUAACAAUAGAGACACCGUUAGAGAUAGAGAAACGCAGGAAGGAAACAGAAACACGUGCUCUGGUGCAUCAGUUAUACAGAAAUCUAUUACAUCAGACUGCAUGGUCGCCACUUGAUCUCAGCAGAGUUAUUGGCCAAGAAUUGAGAAGAAAGUACAAACCUGGUCAACAGUCAAACACGUUGAAAACAAGCAAAUUAUUUUGGAAGUUGUUGUUGUGUUUACCCGAUGUUGAUGACAGUAGAGCCAGCAGCCAAUCAGAGGCUGCUACAUAUAAUCUGUGUAAAUGGCUGAAAGUGAGGCUCUCUAAAGGUCCUGUACCAACUUCUCAACGUGAUGUUAAGGGGGAGGUUUUGAGUUUAUACAAGUGUCACAUGUCACAAAUCUCCAGCUAUAAACCAAUGAGUGUGAAUGUAUGUGUGAGGACAGUAGAAGGUCAGUUAGAGGAUGAUGAUAUAGCUAUCAUAGAGGAGAAUACACUCUUCCUGGGAACCAGUGCACUAUUGUUUCUACUACCUGCUGGUGCCCCUUUCAACAAGUCAGAUUCUGUAAGGUAUGAUACGUAUUGGACAGCGCAAAACUUCAGAUUGAAGGCAAUCCUUGAUGUGAAACCUAGAUAUCAGGCUUUCCCAUUGGUUGUUGUGCUUCCAGUGUCAGCCAAUCAGAUCGUGUCUCUUAUACAGAUAGUUGAAUAUUUAUCAUUAGAGGUGUUUCUGGAUGAGGAGUUAUUGAGUGAUGUAGAACUGGUAACAUAUGAGCUCAACGAGAAUAGACCAGAUGCCAUAGAUCUCACUGAUCCUAAAAUAAGUGAAGAGUUAUGUGAAGGUAUUCAGUGGUUGGCAAGGAAAACUAGGCCGGCUCCCAGUCUUACCGUACAAUAUUUCAAGGAUGUUGUUGACUUGUCCCUACAUAAACAUUACUAUACACCAGUACAACAUAACUUGAAGAAGAGGAAAGAUUUAAACAGACUUGAUAAGGAUGCAAACAGUUUACUGUUGUUAUAUAACACAGUUAUCUCCCAUCUCGUCGAAGUUCUAACAUCUGACACAUUAUACAAGGUGUCCUGGCCAGUGGCUGAGUUUACCAGUAAUCUUACGACAGAUUUGCCUCCAAAUCACUGGAACAAGGGAGAUCAUCUGGAAUAUUUGUUCAACAUAGUUGACUCCCUUAGAUUACCGAAAUUUGAAUAUGAAAACCCAGAUAAUUAUGAAUGGUUUGAAAUAAAGAGAGAUCUGUGGAAAUUUGUGUCAUCAUUUGCUGGUAGAGAUUAUAGUGGAGCCAGAAUUAAAUUGUUCUCCAGAUUGAAGAAUUUGAUACAUAAAUUAGAAGUUGACUUUGCGGAGGCGUGUUAUUUCCAGUUUGGAGAGUCUGAUUGUCAGCCGACAUUCUACAAUGUUCCAUGGAGUACAGUUAUCUCCCUUUGUAUAGAUUAUAAACUAGACAGUGUAGAUCUGAUCGAUCCGGAUUCACAAAAUCCACAGGAGAAAAAUGAAUUGAAAGUUGCGUACAUCAAAAAAGAAAUGGAAGGAUUUAUUCCACCAGCAUCAUGGACACAUAUAGAAGCUGACAGCAGUGUACUAGAAUCACCCAGUCUUGAAGAUACUAUUCAGAAUGCAGUAUUUAAGGUUCAAGAAGAAAGGAAACAAUUGGAGACUAAGGCGGAGGUAUCUAUAACAGAAGAUCUCGCCAAUGUUUCCGUAGUUACCAUGGGCACCAAGAAAACAUCAGGCACAUUGACCAAGUCUCUGAAGUCUGAGAGAAGACACUCGGAUCAUUUCCAGAAAUAUUUGGAAAAUGCACUGAAAGACAUAGAUCCCGAGUUAGAUUCUUCCCUUACAGGAAGUACUUCCGUAACUGGAAGCGCGUCCUUUUCUGUUUUUGAAAGUCGGAAUGAAUCUUUCGGUUCAGGAAACUUCUUUUCAUCGUCAAAUGAGAGACGAUUUAGUUUUGAUCCUUCAGCCAAUCAAAAAAGACUUAGUUUUGAUGCAACUUCUUAUUUCAACCAAUCACAAAAUGACAUUUCAUCUAUAUUUGCUUCCCAAUCAGAAGGGAGACUACCCUUACCUCCUAACCGUAGAAAGUCCGAUAUUGGUUUACAAGAGUUGUCUGUCCUACCAGGAAAGAAGAGACGACAAAGAUUAUCAGAGAUCUACGACAACGACCGAGUUAUGAUGUAUAUAAAAGAACCCACUUUGAGUGAAGACGCUAAAAACUUGAAGGAAAAUUUGAGGUCCAGCAGAAGGGAAAGUGAUUUGUUCGAGAAGAAACUAAGACUCUUGAUGCAGAGUAAUCCAGAAACUUUCUGAACUUUAUUUGCAAAAAAUAACAAUAGCAGUGUUAAUAGAGAAGUACAAAAAAUGAUGGUUGAAUAAUAAUUGACAUAUCUAAAAGUUGUGUACAUUGCAUUAUGUUAAAGUACCAAUUGGAAAAUAAUAGUUACUGUUUAUUCACCAAUUAUUAAGAAAAAUCAUGGUAUUUAAAGGGGGAAAAAUCAAAAUUCCUUAUUUCUAAUGUAAUAUUCUAAAAGAGUUGUACACAUUGUAUUGUAACAUAUAUCUAUGUUUUGAAAAUAUAUGAAAUGUUUAAUAAUGUUAUAUUUAGGCACAGCAUAUAUGCAAUAACAAUAAAAAUGAACAUCGUAACUUUAGUAAAAAAAAUUCUUGUAAUAAAGUUAUCCACAAUGGCAUGAUUA